AUGGGGGAAAAGAGGCAGCACAAAGAUGGAAGCUCUAAUAUUGAUCGCGUUGUAGCAAGCAAAAAAUCUAAGGGCAAUCAUUUUCAUGACGAAUCCGAAAUUACACGCCCAAAAACAGGGAUUGGCCGGAGACAUGAUGGUGAAACACUCAUUGAAAAACUACAGGGGGUCGUCAAUGAAGUAGUCAAACAUCCGGAAGCCCUGGGCAGUCAUCCUAAGAGCUCUAGCAUUUUGACGAUAGCGUCUCAGCUCCAGACUGUUUUGGCAGCAGCAAGUCUGCCUGCAAUUACGCCCCCUACGCAUGAUCAUCUAUCAAGGACAGAUAAAAAUUUGCCCGAGCUUCCUCCCAUUUCUAAUGCGUCACUGGCGAGAGCCGUGUUCACUCAUCCAGGCGCCCAUACCAACACCAAUGCCGAGGGACCAGAAGAGACCAGCUAUGAUAGACUGGAAGUCCUUGGAGAUGCAUACAUUGAAGUUGCUGCUACGAAGCUGAUUUGGCGCCAAUUCCCCAACAUUCCUGCCGGGCGUAUCUCUCAAAUCAGAGAAGAACUAGUGAAAAAUGAAACACUCGCCGAGUACGCUACCAAAUACGGGUUUGAUACGAGGCUAUCUGUACCGCCAGAUCACAAGGACCAGCUAAAACGAUGGAAGAAAACAAAAGGUGAUGUUUUCGAAGCCUAUGUUGCCGCUGUCGUACUAUCAAAUCCAGUUGACGGCGAUGAAAUUGUCGAAAACUGGCUGACGCAGCUAUGGCAACCAAAAUUGACCGGCAUAGAACGUGUUCAGCCGGUGCUAAAGUCCAAGGAACUUCUUGCCAAGAAGGUUAUGGGCAAGGGAAUCAAGCUGAGGUAUGUGGAUGAACGCCCCCCUGAGCGAUUAAACGGGGGGAUGCAAACUUUCUACGUUGGGGUGUAUCUGACGGGCUGGGGAUGGGAGAACCAACAUUUGGGGUCUGGAAGUGGCUUGAACAAGACGAUAGCUGGAGAUAAUGCUGCUCAACAGGCGCUUCGCAAUGUCCCCUUGAUCGACCAAGUGGCAGAUGCAAAAUUAGCCAAUGAUGCCAAAGUAAAUGAUCUUUAA